GCUGCCUGGGAGCUGAGAAGGGUAUCUGAGGUGGAACAGGGCUGGGGAAGGGCAGAAGGAGCUGGGGAGCUCCAGCCUGGUAAAACCCCAAGUUGCAGGCCUUGCUAAAAGGGCCUAAAAAGGUACUGGGGCUGCAGAGGGGCAGCCCAGAAAUAGGCAAAGGCAGCAGGUCCUAACCCCCCUUGCCGAUGAUGAGGGGUUUACAGACUGCGUCUGCCCCAGUGAGCGGGGGCUAGACGAUGACUGGCAGUCGCCACUGAGGCAAGGUGGGGAUAGAGGGUUGGGGGUUGCCCUGGGUGGGGAGACCCAGAUUGUGGGUUACUGCUGGGGCAGAACCCUGAUGUAGAAGGGCACCGGGGUCCAGGAGGGACAUGGGGGCCAGCAGCAGGUGAGACACCGGCCUGCAGAGGGCGCUCCGGAGGCUGGAGAGCUAAUUCCCUGGACAAUCAGCAGGGGGCGUCGCAGCGGAUACAUUAAUGAAUCUUAACGCCAUUGCUGAAUGGAAUUAACUUCCAUUAACGGAGACAAGAUUUAUCACUGCUUUGAGGAAGUGACAAUUGUGGCUUUUUUACUGGAGCCAGUGGGAGAGGAGACGCCAGCUGCCCGGACAGGCUCUGAAUCUUCACUGGCCAGGUUCUUCCACCACAUUGCUCCGCUGGGGCUCUUCAGUUCCCUGGCCCGGCUCCUCCACCAGCUGUCGGCCUGGGGCAGCUCCUCCAUCCCUGUGGAGAACAUUGGCAGCCAGGAUGAUCGCGCCCCUUCCCCUGACAGACCCGUGCGGCACGCCAAGAAGCGUCUCGGCAGACUGGCACACCUCCUGUUCACCAUCAUCCCCGCCAGGUUCCAGCGUGCCCUCGGCUACCUGCCGGCAGACUGCAUGGGUCAGAGUGGGAUCCCUGAGGAGAUCCAAAAAAGUCCAGUCAGGCCCUCCGGCAAAGGGAGCAAAAGGAAACAAGAUGAUGUCGCUCUGGAGGAGCAGCAGUCCUGGGUGGAGAUCUUGCAGCAAGAGCUGCCCGAGGACGAUGAGGCCGAAGACUCUACCUAUGAGCCAACGCGAUCAGAGACGGACAGCGAGGAGUACAGGUCCCAAAACGAGACCGAGACCGACCUGGAGUUUGAAGAGAAAGACGGGGUCCUGGUGCUGAAGGAAUUGCAGAGUCUGCAGCUCCACUCUGAACUGCCCGACUGUGUGCCCUGGACUCUGCAGGGGACUCUGACUGGCGAGAACAUGCCGGCUGCAGCGAGCGGCGGUGGUGGGGACGCCCUGGAGCAGCCGGCUGCAGCGAGCGGCGGUGGUGGGGACGCCCUGGAGCAGCCGGCUGCAGCGAGCGGCGGUGGUGGGGACGCCCUGGAGCAGCCGGCUGCAGCGAGCGGCGGUGACUGGGUUGAAGUGAUUGGAUAAAUGGGCCCCUUGACUCCUGGACCAAGUUUCUAUUUUUCCAUAGUGGCUGCUGCAGCUUUGAAAUGCCUGUUUCUCCCCUAGCCAACUUUGCCCUGUGAAUGUGGAUUAAACUGUCUUAUAAAAUGCAAUGUUAAUAUUUUGGAACCUGUGAUGA